CAAAUUUUAUUGUAAAUACAGUGUGCUGAUAUGUCUAAUCAACUUUUGUUGUGAUUGUUCGUUAGUUGAAGUUUGUUAGCAAAAACAGUACAAAUAUAAGAGAAACACAGCAUUCACUCUCACAAUGUGGAUGGUUGUCUUAGUAACCAUUGGCAGAUACAUUCACAAAGUUUUAGGAUAAACUCCGAGAUGGAAAAUGUAACAUUUAACCUCAGCAUGGACAAAAUUAACAAUUUUGGAAAUGAUAGAGAUAUAAGUUUCACAAAUAUUUCAGUCACACUCUUUAACAGCAAUUUUCUGAAGAUGACAAAUGCUGUUCUUUAUUCCGUUUUUCAACUGUUGUUGCCUAAUAUUGUGGCAGGACUUGGACUAAUAGGGAACCUACUGUCAUUCUUGGUGCUUUCAAAGGAGAAAGUUUCAAACACAAGAAUAUUUCUUCUAAAGACGCUAACUAUAACAGACUCAACUUUUCUCCUACUGACCAUUCCUUUUUCUGUGAAUGGCAGGCACCAAAUUGGGGAUAUAACCUUUAACGUGGACAUAUCUGAUUUUAUUUAUUUAUUACUACCGAGUUUAUCUGCAGCAUCUACUCUCACAACUUGGAUGGUUGUCUUAGUAACCAUUGACAGAUACAUGCACAUAACAAAGCCAAUCCGUGUAAAGACACUGUUAACUGUGAAACGAAUGAAAUGGACUGUAGGGUGCCUCGUAGUAGGAGCAUGCCUCUACAAUGUACCUAGAUAUUUUGAAUGGCAUCAUGGUGAUGGUACUUGCUUAUUAAGUUGUAAUCCAAGCUAUAACCUUAUAUAUAAUGUGAUUUUAAAUGCAACCUUAAGGUACUUUGGACCAGUUUUCAUAGUUUCUAUUCUUAAUGUGAGAUUAGUUAAGGCCAUCCAAAACUCCCAAUCAAAACUUAAGCAGAUGACAUGUAAAGAAAUUGAGGAAAGAAAUCAUGGCAUUACAAUGAUUGCAAUUGUGUCAGUAUUUAUGAUAUGUUCAAUAUCAAGUUUGGUGACUGAAGUCACAAACAUGCUAUCGAUGUAUAAUAUUAUUUCACUGCCAAUUUUCAAACAAAUUAUGAUGGACACUGUCUCCAAUUUUUUUCUUGUAUGCAAUUCAUCGUUUAAUUUUGUAAUAUACUUCAUGAUAGGAAAAUCGUUUAGGAAGAAGUUAAAACAAUUAUUUAAGGGAAAGAAUAACAAUACACCAAUUCACUAAUGAGUUAGCAAUUCAUGAUUACACUAAUUUAAAUAAUAGUAAUUCACAAAUGGAAAAACAAUUCACAGAUGGGAUACCAAUUCACAAAUGGAGUAACAAUUCAUGAUUGGAAUAACAAUUCACAGAUGGAAUACCAAUUCACAAAUGGAAUAACAAUUUACAAAUGGAAUAACAAUGCACAGUUGAAUAACAAUUCACAAAUGGAAUAACAAUUCACAAAUGGAAUAACAAUUCACAGAUGGAAUACCAAUUCACAAAUGGAAUAACAAUUCACAAAUGGAAUACCAAUUCACAGAUGGAAUACCAAUUCACAAAUGGAAUAACAAUUCACGAUUGGAAUAACAAUUCACAGAUGAAAUACCAAUUCACAAAUGGAAUAACAAUUCACGAUUGGAAUGACAAUUCACAGAUGGAAUACCAAUUCACAAAUGGAAAUAACAAUUCACGAUUGGAAUAACAAUUCACAAAUGGAAAUAACAAUUAGCAAAUGGAAUAACAAUUCACAAAUGGAAUAACAAUUCACAGACGGAAUACCAAUUCACAAAUGGAAUAACAAUUCACGAUUGGAAUAACAAUUCACAGAUGGAAUACCAAUUCACAAAUGGAAUAACAAUUCAUGAUUGGAAUAAUAAUUCACAGAUGAAAUACCAAUUCACAAAUGGAAUAACAAUUCACGAUUGGAAUAACAAUUCACAAAUGGAAAUAACAAUUAACAAAUGGAAUAACAAUUCACAAAUGGAAUAAAAAUGCACAAUUGGAAUAACAAUUUACAAAUGGAAUAACAAUGCACAAUUGGAAAAACAAUUCAUAAAUGGAAUAACAAUUCACGAUUGGAAUAACAAUUCACAAAUGGAAUAACAAUUCACGAUUGGAAUAACAAUUUUCAAAUGG